AUGUACCUCCUCGUCACCCGAUUCGACCUCUCUCCCGAGCCAUUUCAUUUGCAACUAGGUUUCCUGCAUGGCUUCCUCUGCCGCAGCUUUCCUCCUGGCUCUCUCCCUCCUUGCUCUGCACUUCUGCUGCUGCCAUGGGAAGGGCAGUGGCGGCGACGGCAGUGGCGUCACUGCCAUCUACAGCCUCGGCGACUCCAUCACCGACACGGGGAACCUGGCCAAGGAGGCGCCCCCCGGCAUGUUCGAGACCAUCAAGCACCUCCCGUACGGCGUCACCAUGGGAACCGCGACUGGACGCUGCUCUGAUGGCCUCCUCAUGAUCGACUUCCUGGCUAAGGACCUGGGCCUCCCGUUCCUGAACCCGUACCUGGGCAAGAACAAGAGCUUCGACCACGGCGUGAACUUCGCCGUCGCCGGAGCCACCGCCGUGGACCCCGCCGACCAGUUCAACCUCACCGUGCCCAUGCCUUUCGCCUCCAACUCCCUCAAGGUGCAGCUCCGGUGGUUCAAGGACUUCAUGAAGUCCAGCUUCGGCACCGAUGAAGAGAUACGCAAGAGGCUUCGUAGUUCUCUUGUUUUGGUCGGGGAGAUCGGAGGGAACGACUACAACUACGCCUUCUUCGAGUACAAGCCUGUAGCCGAGGUGGAGAAACUCAUCCCUGGGGUUGUCAAGACCAUCAUCGACGCUGCCAAGGAGGUGCUCGACAUGGGCGCGAGGAGGGUGAUCGUCCCGGGCAACUUCCCCAUCGGUUGCGUGCCGGGGUACCUGGCCAUGAACGCCGCCUCGUCGGAGCCGGCGGACUACGACGCGGCGGGGUGCCUCCGGGACCUGAACCACUUCGCCGCCAAGCACAACGCGCGGCUCCAGCGCGCGGUGGAGGGGCUGCAGGCAGCGCGCCCGGGCGCGUCCGUCGCCUACGCCGACUACUACAACUCCUUCCUCGCCCUCCUCCACAACGCCUCCUCGCUGGGCUUCGACGCGGCGAGCACGCGCAAGGCCUGCUGCGGCGCCGGCGGCGGCGAGUACAACUUCGACUGGCGGCGGAUGUGCGGCUUCGAGGGGGCGACGGCGUGCGCGGACCCGUCGGCGUACGUGAGCUGGGACGGGAUCCACAUGACGCAGGCGGCGUACAGGGCCAUGUCCAGGCUCAUCUACCAUGGCAAGUACCUGCAGCCGCAGAUACUCAGCUUCCCGGAGAAAUAUGGCCAGACAGAGACAUAAUCUUCGUAGUAGAUAUAAAGAAAAUAUACAUGCAUCCGGCUACUUUUAGGCUUCGGUGGGUUCAGUUAGCUGUCGUCGCAGUACCUGAUGAGAGCACCAGUAAGCUGUAUCCAUGUAUGCUAUGCUAUACUAUGGAGCUUAGGCACGAAUGAAACAAGCUGUUAGCAAUA